AUGAAAGUGUUACAAGUUAUUCUUAUCGCCGUGAUCUUCUGUGCUGAGUUCUCCAUAUCAAAUGGAUCAGCACCAGUCAAAUAUUCGAGCAACUUCGGAGUAUCCGGGCACGGCAAUGACAAGACGGUACCGCGUGCGCAACGCGUCAUUUCCUCCUCCGUAGCGGGAUCUGAGCAUCGUUGCGCCGUGAAAUGCUUGAAGAACGAUCGCUGCUGGCAGUUCUGCCAUGUGGCAACCAGCGGCCUUUGUGUGCUGCAGGAUGCCUCCUUAGUCCAAAAGUCUGGAGGGCCGUCCAAAGUCGACAACUGCACUUAUUUCACAAGAAAAGUUUGCAACAGCACCUACCAACUCAAGUCCCGUCAGAAGCUGUUCGCGUUUCCUGCUUUUAAUGGUAAUGAGUUCGUAUUGGACUUCGCCGUUCAGGCCGAUCAAGCCGCAAAGAUCGUCUUGUCAACGGAUGGCACGGGUGGAGGCAUCAAGUACCACCUCGUUCUUGGGCAGACCGGUAAUACCAGGACCACCAUCCGAAGAUGCUUUUCGUGCUACGUUCUGAAACUUGUAUCGACCCCGGGGGUGUUGAGCGCGCACAAGAUGCGACGCUUCUGGCUGCGGUACGACCACGGCACCUUUGCCCUAGGCAAGCACCAGCAGGCAGCGUUCUUCGAAUGGACCGACCCAACACCCCAAGACAUACCCAUGAGGUUCUUUGGCUUUGUUAGCUAUAAUACGCCCCAAAUCUGGGCAGCCUAUCAUACAUGCAACUGAUGCCCACAUCCCAGGGAGAUUAAGUGGUCUAUUUAAGGUGGUGAAGCUUCAGCUGUUGUCAACAUGCUGUUUUUAAACGAACGAACGCACAUACUUUCAUGUUUUCGUUGAUUCUAGCGUCCUUUAGUGUCCCUUGGUGUCGAAUUGCUCCAGUUUCUUCAGCAAAAAAUCUCGCAUGCUCCUGACCAGUAGAAAACCAUAAUAUUUUGGUUUAAAUAAUUUUAGAAAAUGUUUCAUUAAUUUCACCGUGGUCACUUAUUGGCCAAAUAUACUCAUGUGCAAUAUUUUUUUUUUCUGUGUGUUUUCUCGGAAUAUGUAGUUGAAAGAUUGUACCCAGCUCUCAUGAGGUGAUCUCUGUCUUGAAUAUUGAUGCUUUGCCAAUUCAUCAAUGUCGUUUUUUUUUGUAUACAUGUAUACAUAAAUGCACAUGUACAUGUCAUUCGGGGCUAUUGUUUUUCCUGUCAGACGACCCUUCUCAGAACCUAAAAAAUCCGUAAAACAACUAUUACAAUUGAAAUGGCCUUAUCAAAAAAGGAAUCCAAUUUUGGGGGACAACUUUAAAAACGAAGAUUUUCCCCCACAAAGUGGAUAUAGUGCCCUCUAACCGUAUCUGUGUAUGGCAGGGAUGGCUUGCUUUAAAAUAUAUUGACCAUGGUUAUGUCUCUACCAAAUCC